UCCAGUGAAACAAAACUUUUAAGAAUCUGAGUUUGUUUUUCAAAGAUCACUAAAUUUUAGUUAUGAUUAGAUCAUAUUUUCCAAAAUGUGUGGCAGUUGUUGCCCUCCUUGCCCUGAGUGUUGGUGCGCUGGACACUUUUAGUGCUGCAGUAUAUGAGCAUACAGUGAUAAUACCAAACAGAACAGAAACACCUGUUUCAAAAGAAGAAGGUUUGCUCCUGAUGAACAAGAACAUAGAUGUUUUGGAGAAAGCAGUUAAGCUGGCAGUGAAGCAGGGUGCACAUAUCAUUGUGACCCCAGAAGAUGGAAUCUAUGGUUGGGUCUUCACCAGGGAGAGCAUUUACCCCUAUUUGGAGGAUAUACCAGACCCUGGAGUGAACUGGAUUCCAUGUAGAGAACCCUGGAGAUUUGGCAACACACCAGUGCAACAAAGACUCAGCUGCCUGGCCAAGGACAACUCUAUCUAUGUUGUGGCUAAUAUUGGGGACAUGAAGCCAUGCAAUGCCAGUGACCCUCAGUGUCCCCCUGAUGGCUGUUACCAAUACAACACUGAUGUGGUGUUUGAUUCUUAGGGAAAACUGGUGGCACGCUACCAUAAGUACAACCUUUUUGCACCUGAAAUUCAAUUCGAUUUCCCCAAGGAUUCAGAACUUGUGACUUUUAACACUCCCUUUGGGAAGUCUGGCAUUUUUACUUGCUUUGACAUUUUUUCUCAUGACCCAGCUGUGGUGGUGGUGGUGGAUGAGUUUCAAGUUGACAGCAUUCUCUACCCCAUAGCAUGGUACAACGUGCUGCCCCUCCUCUCGGCUGUUCCCUUCCAUUCAGCAUGUGCCAAGGCCAUGGGAGUCAAUCUACUUGCUGCAAAUACCCACAACACCAGCAUGCACAUGACAGGGAGUGGAAUCUACACCCCAGAAGCAGUCAAGGUGUACCACUAUGACGUGGAAACAGAGAGUGGUCAGCUGUUGCUAUCAGACCCGAAGUCUCAGCCUCGCCGUGAGCCCACCUACCCUGAAGCUGUUGACUGGCAUGCAUAUGCCAGCAGUGUCAAACCGUUUUCCUCUGAGCAGUCAGAUUUUCCGGGGAUGAUUUAUUUUGAUGAGUUUACCUUCACUGAGCUUAAGAGAAAUCCAGGAAAUUACAGUUGCCAGAAAGAUCUGCGUUGUCACUUAACUUACAAGAUGUCUAAAAAGCGAGCAGAUGAGGUCUAUGCCCUAGGUGCUUUUGAUGGACUGCACACAGUAGAAGGCCAAUAUUACUUACAGCUAGAACUGCUUAAAUAUAUAUGCACAUUACUGAAGUGUCAAACCACUGACCUGGAAACGUAUGGAGAAGCUGUGGGGUCAGCUUUUACCAGGUUUGAGGACUUCUCUCUCAGUGGCACAUUCGGAAUGCAUUAUGUUUUCCCACAGAUCAUUCUAAGUGGGAGUCAGCUUGCCCCUGAAAGACAUUAUGAGAUUUCAAGAGAUGGACGCUUGAGGAGCCGAAGUGGAGCCCCUUUGCCUGUCUUAGUUAUGGCCCUGUAUGGAAGAGUGUUAGAGAAGGACCCUCCAUGCUUAGGGCAGGGACCUGGGAAGUUCCAGUGAUCUCCUUUAGCAGAGCCUUUUUAGGAUCAGCCUGGCUAAGGGAGGAAGAAAUAAAAGAGAUCCGUUAGUGUCUGUUUAGAAGAGAUGGCAUGAAUUUACGGAAACAAAUAGAAUAAACCUAAGCAGAUUUGAAAAGCAA